CUCCCUCUCUCUCUCUCUUCUAACCCACAGCCUAAAGAAGCUAGCAAGUCCUAUUUACUCCAGCAUGGUGACUAUCUAAAGAUUGGUGGUACUUCGUUCCUGUUACACAUUCAUCGUGGCAUGGCCUCCUGCAGUGAGUGCUCCUCCAUGGGUAUCAGUGUUGUGGGGGCAGCUGAUGGGGGCGGAGCUAGCAACGAUGAGUCACUGGAGAUGCAGCGAAGGAAAGGACUCAACAAAUUGAAAAAGAAAUACGGACUGAGGUUGAAGGAUUCCUUUGGAGAUGAACUUCACAAGUUACCCGAGAAUUACACUGACAAAGCAGCUGCUAGGAGGAAGAGGUAUGGUAUUGAACUACCACAAUCUGCUAUUAGAGAUGAUAGUCCAUCAACAGUGAAUGAUCCCAUUAGUUCUAGUAACAAAGGACAUCAAAUGUUGAAGAAGUUUGGAUGGAAAGAAGGAGAUUCACUAGGAGCAGCUGAGAAUAAAGGAAUCACAGAACCAAUAUCAACAUUUAUAAGGUCCAAUAAAGCCGGACUGGGUUUCUCAGGCAGCCUUCAAUCACUGGAAUCAGCCAAUCAGAGAGGAAGAGGAGGAGCUGGUCAUAAUAAGAUGCUGAAGAGAUAUCAAGAUGUUGUUGAGAAGGAGAAGAAAAGACAAAGAUUUUGACAUUCACUCACACACACAAGCACAUGAGACACAAUGAUAAUGAUGUCAUUUAUGCGCAUGCAAUUAUCUUAACUAAUUGUAUUAUUAAUAUUUAAUUGGAUUACAUGAUGGUACUCCUCAUUAUAUAAUGAUAACAUUGUGUACACUCACUCAAUUUCAUUUAAUCAU